AAGAAAAUAUGCAGAUAGAAAUCACCAAAAUUAUAGAUAAAGUAGAAAUAGAAAUAACAAAAGAAGAGAUGCAGAUAGCAAAUAAGUUAGAUAGUCAAGAAGAAGCAGAAGGAAUAGAAGAAUUAGAGACUAGACAAAAAGAAUAA